AUGAUAGAUGAGGUUAGACGGUUAGGAAAUGAGUUUGAAACAUACGAUGUUGAGGCUUUACUGGCGGCGACCCAGGCCUCCAUACUUUACAUUCUCCUUCAAGCACAAUAUGCUUCGUACCUUUCGCAAGAUGACAUCGCAUUCAUGGUAAAUACCCUUGGCGACAUGAUGACCAAACUACACCUCUCGACAGUGUAUCAGUCUGAUAUCCACCGAAUAAAAACUUUGACCCAACGAGAAUGGGCGUUGUAUGAAAGCAUCAGAAGAGCGGCAAACCUGCUCUUCGUCCUCGAAACACUUUUAGAUGUCAUCAUAGGCCAUCGCGAGGUUCCAGAUUGCCCUGGCUUUGGUGCCGUUCCUUUGCCGUGCUCAAGAGACCUCUGGAAUUACGAGCGCAAAGACGCAUGGCCGCAUCGACUCAAGCGUGAUACAGCGUCCCGUACAAGCGGUAAGACGUUGACGAUCGGUGACCUCAUCAAGAGCAGCCAGUCGACCUUCAGUUCUGAUCCAGGGGACCGAGACAGUGGACUUCUUGGAGAAGCGGCUAAAUGGGGUGAAAGGGUCGAUGAAUUCGGCAGCCUCGUGUGGAUGGCUAUCACAUUGAAUUGA